AUGUAUCUUGAUGAUGGUUUGGGUAUAGAACAAGAUCAAGAAAUGUGCAAGAUUGUGUCAGAGCAAGUUAAGCUAGAUUUAGUUAGAAGUGGCUUUGUACCCAAGGCUGAAAAGUCAUUGCGGGAACCUACUAAACGUUUGGUUUGGUUAGGUACAUUUAUUGAUACAGAAAAUGGUUUUUACAAAAUACCAGAAAACAGAAUAAAUAAGAUGAUUUAUUCUAUUGAUGACAUUAUAUCUUGUUUGACUGGGCGUAAAAGCGUGUUUGUGAAAAAAGUUGCAUCUGUUGUAGGUCAGAUUAUAUCUACAUACUUAGUUAUUGGAAAUUUAGUUUAUUUAAUGACUAAACAUUUAACUAUAGACGUGAAUACAUCUGCGUCUUGGUAUUCUUAUAUUAAACUUUCAGAAUCUAGUAUUGAACAGUUACAAUUCUGGAAACUGUAUGUAAGUGAAGUUAAUGUAAAACAUUUCAGUGUUGAUGAAUCAUGUCAUAGUAUUAUCUACAGUGACGCUAGUGAUACAGGUUUUGGUGGUUAUAUUGUAGAAGCACCACAAAACAUUGCACAUGGUAUGUGGGUUGAAUCAGAACGUAGUAAUAGUUCUACUUGGAAGGAACUUUCAGCGGUAAAGAAAGUUUUGCUGUCCUUAGUUAACAUUAUAUCCGGAAAAAGGGUUAAAUGGUUCACAGAUAACCAAAAUGUUGUGAGCAUUGUUAGCAAAGGAAGUACAAAAACUGUUUUACAGAAUUUAGCGUUGGACAUAUUUAGCGCAUGUUUGAAGUACAAUGUCAACAUUGAUAUAGUUUGGAUACCUAGAACACUAAACGAAAAAGCUGAUUUUCUAAGUCGUAUCGUUGAUCAUGACGAUUGGGGAAUAUCAUAUUACAUUUUUCAAUUGAUAGAAUCUUUGUGGGGCCCGCAUGAAGUAGAUUGGUUUGCUUCUGAUCACAAUUUCAAGUUACUAGUAUUUUAUUCUAGAUUUUGGAAUGAAAAUUCUUCUGGUAUUGAUGCGUUUACAGUAGAUUGGUAUGGGGUCAACGGUCUUUUUGUACCACCUGUAUUUCUUAUACCACGUGCCUUUGAAUCUGAGAUUAAUUUUUUGCCACCAGCUCUGCAUACCAAUGUUGAUGUUCUUGUGGAUUUACUUUGCGAAUCUAAAGCUGACAGUACCGUUAAAACUUAUCAUGCAGGAUUUAUCCGUUGGAAAAAGUGGGCUGUUCAUAACGGCAUAAGUCGUUGUGAUAUUUUACCGGCAAAAUCUUUGUACGUUGCACUUUAUUUAUCUUCAUUAGUUCAGAACAGUCGCACUGCUAGUCCGGUUAUUUCAGCUUUUUAUAGUAUACAAUGGGCACAUCAUAUGAUUGGUCAAACGUCUCCUACUGUUAAUCUAGUUGUGAAAAAUGAUUUAGAAGGUGCAAAACGACGAUUAGCGACUCGAAUUGAGAAAAAGGAACCAGUUACUCCUGAGCUUCUAUCUAAAAUGUAUAGUUCGUCAUUUAAGGAAUAUAAUGUUAUGUCACAGCGUAUUAUAUGUGCGUGUUUACUCGCUUAUUCAGGUUUUUUGAGAGUGUCCGAGCUAUUAAAUAUACGGAGAUGUGAUAUCAAUUUUGAAUUAGGUUAUAUAUCUAUUUUUAUUCCGAAAAGUAAAACUGAUAUAUAUCGUGAUUGCAAUUCUGUAGUAAUAGCCUUUAUGGAUUCCGAUUUGUGUCCAGUUAAGAAUUUAAAGUUAUAUUUGUUGUGGGCUGAUAUUUCGCCGGAAUCAGAAGAAUUUAUAUUUAGAAAUCUAACAAAAUUCAAGGAUAGAUAUGUGCUUCGAAAGGAAAAUAAAUCAUUGUCUUACACACAUAUGAGAGAAUUAUUUAUUGAAGCUUUUCAACCAUUUGUGUCAGAUAUUAAGAAAUAUGGAUUGCACAGUUUACGUUCUGGCGGAGCUACAACUUGCGCUAAUUUAGGUAUUUCCGAUCGAUUGUUCAAAAGACAUGGCAGAUGGCGUUCAGAGACGGCCAAGGACGGUUAUAUUAAAGAUUCUUUAAAAGACAGAUUAAUUGUUUCUGAAAAUUUAGGUUUAUAA